AUGUCUUAUAUUUUAUUGCGAUGCGGCAUACUGUUUAUCAUACCGAUUUCAGUCUUAGCUACACGUCUGCCACAUCAUAUUCUGUCGCAAGUUUUCAAGUAUCUGAAUUUGUCAGACAUACAUAACUGCAUGCUCGUGUGCCGUCAUUGGUCUCACGUGUUAAAUUUUGAGGACAGUAUUGUGUGGAAAUCCUUGGCACAAAGGAAGAUUUCAGAAUCAGCUCUAGCCGAUCCGUAUUUGCUGAAUGAGCUGAAUACAUAUAAGAAGAAAUUACGAGCAUUCUAUUUUGCAUGGAAUCCCAGUGAUGUUUCUAAGAACAAUUAUGUUCGUGGGAAUGGUUUCACUGUACAUCGUCAGCCUGUAGCGCAAAGCACUGAUGGUGUCAGAGGAAAGAUAGGAGUGUCGCUAGGAGUGCAUGCCUUUGACAUCACAUGGGAGGGUCCUUUAGGAACGGUGGCUGUUGUAGGUGUUGCAACGAGGCAUGCUGCUCUUCAUUGUCCUGGUUACUUGCCUCUGCUCGGAAGUGAUGACCAAAGUUGGGGAUGGAACCUUGUAGAUAACACAUUAAUGCACAACGGAGAAAAUUUGGGUGUUUACCCACGUGUAAAUAAUCCUCCGAAAUAUCAGGUUGGAGAGCGGAUACGAUUAGUGUUGGAUUGCGAUCGCCACAUAGUCUAUUUUGAACGUUCGGGUGCAGAAUUUCUUGGACUUGCAUUCACCGACCUACCUCCAGUCAAGUUAUUUCCAGCUAUUUGUGCGGUAUAUGGCAACACAGAAGUUUCUAUGGUUUACCUUGGUCCUCCGCUUGCUGGUUGA